AAACGAGGUGGGCGGGGGCUGUGUUGGUAUGUCCCAACCCUUAUAUACUGGGACAGAGGCAGGAUGGAGGGCUUGUUGGGUGAGGCUGAGCAGUGAGAGGAGCAGGAGGAUGGCUCCACAGCAUGGGGACAGGAAGCAGGAUGGAGAUGCAGCAGCUGAGCCAGUGAUGCGAUGGUUCACCUGGGAGGAGGUUGCACAGCGCACGGGCCGGGGCCCAGCACUACAGGAGCGCUGGGUGGUGAUCGACAGGAAGGUGUAUGAUAUCAGCCACUUCUACCGGCGGCACCCGGGUGGUGCCCUUCUUAUCAGCAGCCACGCUGGGCAGGAUGUAACGGAUGCUUUUGUAGCAUUCCAUGUUGACAAGUUGCUGGUGAACAAGUACUUGAAGCCGCUGCAGAUAGGAGAGCUGGCACCAGAUCAACCCAGUAUUGAGCCCACUAAAAAUAAAAUGCUGGUAAAAGACUUCCGUGAAUUGCGUGCCUCUGUUGAGAAAAUGGGACUUCUGAAGCCGAAUAAACUCUUCUUCUUCCUGCACCUUGCUCACAUCCUCCUAUUGGAUACUGCUGCUUGGCUCAUUCUCUUUUACUUUGGGACAUCCUUUGUGCCCUUUAUUGUCUCUCUGCUGGUGCUGACCGUUUCCCAGGUCCAGGCUUCAUGGUUACAACAUGAUUUAGGACAUCUUUCAGUCUUCAGGAAGACAAAAUGGAACCACUUGCUACACAAGUUCGUGAUGUGCCAUUUGAUUGGGGCAUCAGCCAAAUGGUGGACUCUCUUGCAUUCUCGACACCAUUCCAAACCCAACUGCUUCCGGAAAGAUCCUGACAUUGACAUGCACCCUUUCUUGUUUACUUUGGGGAAGAAAUUCUCCGUGGAGCUUGGGAUCAAAAAGAAAAAAUACAUGCCAUACAAUCACCAGCACAAGUACUUCUUCAUCACUCUUCCUCCGCUCCUGUUUCCCACCUACUUCCACUGCCACACAUUUUAUAUUGCAUACACGAAGAGGUACUGGGUGGACUUGGCCUGUAUGCUGACCUUCUAUAUCAGAUUCUUUUUUACUUAUGGAUCACUAUUAGAAAUGAAGAGUCUCCUAGCAUAUUACUUUAUAUUCAGGAUGCUGGAGAGCAGUUGGUUUGUCUGGGUUUCACAGAUGAACCAUAUCCCAAUGGAUAUUUACUACGACAAGAAUUUGGACUGGGUGUCUACCCAGCUCCAAGCAACAUGUAAUGUUGAGCAGUCUCUGUUUAAUGACUGGUUUACUGGGCAUCUGAACUUUCAGAUUGAACAUCACUUGUUCCCCACAAUGCCAAGACACAACUACUGGAAGGUGGCUCCACUGGUGAAGUCCUUGUGUGCCAAACACGGAAUCGAGUAUCAAUGUAAGCCGUUGCUCACCGCCUUUGCAGACAUUGUGCACUCUUUGAAGAAUUCAGGAGAACUCUGGCUUGAUGCCUACCUCCACAAAUAGGAAGACAAGGCUUGAUGGUGCCAUUCACAACCUGCCAUAUCUUUGCAUCCCCAGCAAGACUAAGAGCAGGGACAAUGAAGAACUCUAAGGAAAAAUAAAAAGGAUAAGAACAGAAGAAUCACAUUCCAAUAGAUAUGAAGUUAUCUCAAUUUUUCUUCUGGUCUUUCCAGGUAUUUUGGUUCAGAUAUGUUACAAGUGAGUAAGGCCAGCAGGAGCUGGAUUGCUAUAUCAGGGAGGAAUGUUUUGUAACUGUCUGAGUAAACAUGGCCAAGAAGCAAUUCUGAGCAUGUGUUCAAGUCAGAUUAUGGAACAGUGCAACUGCACAUACUUAAGUUCAUGACAGAAUCUCCUCUGAACAGUUGUUUGUUUUUUUUUUAAGAUUCUCCUCUUGUGUAUGAUUUAAUGCUUAGUAUAAUGCUUCCUUAUUUGAAGUUAUUGGAAAUUGCACAGGAUUUUGGGUUAGCUCAGUGCUGUCAACAAUGCACUCGAAUAAUAAUAAUCUACGAAUUAUGCCUGGAAUAUAGUAGCUGUAAUAUAAAGUUGAAUAACAUCUUAGAUGUUUCUCCCAUCAUUGCUCUCUAGAGUAUUCUCUUUGUUACAACACCAGGCAUCCUCAGAUGCCAGGAAAAAAAUACCUCUCAGUCUCACUGCUCUUUUCAAUGUUUCUUUAUUCACUGAUUGGCUUGUGUACUUUGUGUAGUGAUGAGCCACGUAUAAACUUCCUUUGCUGAGUUGUUUAGUAUUUGUAAUAUGCAUCUCUAAUCAUAUAUUGUCCUCACUUCCAUUCCUGAGAAGUCAGCUGAGAGUUUCUUGUAGUGAAUAAGCAGUGGAAAUGUGCACUGUACAUCAUAAAAGUCUAUAAAUGAACUGUACAUUUAGAAUAGAGUCAUCGCCUUCCACUCAGCUUUCCUUGUAACAAUGAAGAUAAGAGGUUCUGCGCUACAAACAAGGGACUUGGAAGAAAAGAUGAGGUACAGAGAUAAUCUCCUACUCACCAAUCCCACCGCUGCUCUGAAGGUGUGUGGAGGUUCUGAAGGGGGCACAAAAAGGCACUCUGAGGGCCCUGGGGCAUGUGGGAGGAUAUGCAGGUGUACUGAUAAGCAAAAUGAUCGCUCUGGCUUAGAUCAGCAGGUAAAACAAGGACUCUGGAGGAGCCAAUAAAAUAAGAACAUUCUUGGAUCCUAACUCCAGACUUAGCUGAGCCUUGGCUGACACACACAGUGAUAGCAUAGGGAAAAAUCU